UGAUGAGUGCUGACACUCCAAAAUUCGAGUACAAAACACCGAAAUAGUUUAUCUUACCAGUAUUUUUUUAAUACGUCUGUGUCAAGUUGGGUUUGACGUUGAAUUAAAUCAAGACAAGUCAAGAUUAUGGAACAGGUUCAUCUCGCUGGAGACGAGGACGAUGAAUUGUACUCCGGGUACAACGACUACAAUCCACUCUUCGAUACUGAGAAUCUUCAGCAAGAUGAAGGAUUUCAGAAUGCGGUCAAGACGAGCCAUGGACGUCGACCUCCUAUGACAGCCACAAGGCAGUUUGGCAUACAACGUGGACAAAUGGGUACAGCUGCCGGGGCUCGUCUGAAAACUGGUCUAGUGUCGUCAAUGGGUCGACCAGUAACCGGCAUGGCUGCAGCGGAUGGUAGUGUUGCCAGACCCAUGACAGCAGUCAAAGCCGCUGGUUACUCCUCGACUGGACGAGGUCAAUCAUUUGACCCCAUGAAUCAGGCCUCCAAAGGCCCCGCACCACCGCUAGAAUCUAGAAGUGAAGACACACCUGAGGAGAAGAUCAAGAGCCUUGAGAAGCAGGUGAAUGGUUUGAUCGAGGCUAGCUGCUUGGCCCAUAGCAGAGGAGAGCUAAGCUUGGCCCUGGAGAAGGCUAAAGAAGCAGGGAGGAAGGAAAGAGUCUUGGUCAGGCAGAGAGAGCAAGUGUCUAAUGGGGAUCAGGUUAAUCUGGAUCUAACCUACUCGGUGCUCUUCAACUUGGCCAAUCAGUACGAGGCCAACGAGAUGUUUCAAGAGGCCCUUAACGCCUACCAGGUCAUCGUCAAGAACAAGAUGUUCUCUCACGCCGGCCGACUCCGCGUCAACGUCGGCAAUAUCUACUUCAAGCAGAGGAACUUCCCUAAGGCUGUCAAGUAUUAUAGGAUGGCGCUGGAUCAAGUCCCCACCACUCACAAAGAGAUGAGAAACAAGAUCAUGAAGAACAUCGGCAUUGUGUUUGUGAAGAUGGGACAGUACAGCGAUGCGAUCACCUCCUUCGAGCACAUCAUGUCGGAGAAGCCUGACUACGAGACAGCCUUCAACCUUGAGCUGUGUUACUACGCUACAGGAGACAGGGACAAGAUGAAGAAGACGUUCCAACAGCUGCUCUCUGUUGACUUGAAUCUUGACGAAGAGGAUAAAUAUCUACCGCAUCCUGAUGACAAGCAUGCCAAUCUGGUUCUUGAGGUCAUCAAGAAAGAUCCACUUAGGGUCAGAGAAAAAGAAAUGAAAGAAGGAAUGGAGCGCUUUGUGAUGGCCGCUGCUAAACUCAUCGCUCCGUCCAUCGAGCAAAGCUUCUCCGCUGGCUAUGACUGGUGUGUAGACUGUGUGAAGCAAUCCGCCUACACUGAUCUGGCCAAUGACCUGGAGAUCAACAAAGCCAUCAUGUAUCUGAAGCAGAAGGAGUUUGCACAGGCUGUUGAAGUCCUAAAGGCUUUUGAGAAGAAGGAUUCCAAGUGUGCCUCGGUCGCCGCCACCAAUCUCUCCUUCAUUUACUUCUUACAAGCCGAGUACCAACUGGCUGAGAAAUACGCUGAGGUAGCGAUGGCUGCCGAUAGAUACAACACUGCUGCGUUGGUGAAUAAAGGCAACUGUCUGUUCGUCCAGAAUGACUUGGAGAAAUCAAGAGAGUUCUACCAAGAGGCUCUUCGUACUGAGGCAACGUGCACCGAAGCAUUGUACAAUCUAGGUUUGGUGAAUAAGAAACUUGGUCAUCUGGAGGCAUCAUUGGAUUGCUUCUUGAAACUUCACGCCAUCCUCAGGAACAACGCUGAAGUCUUAUUCCAAAUAGCCACAAUCUACGACAUGUUAGAGGACACCCCCCAGGCCACAGAAUGGUUUACCCAGCUCAUCAGCAUUGUCCCUACUGAUCCAGCGAUCCUAUCACGGCUUGGUGAACUCUUCGAUAACGAGGGAGACAAGUCACAAGCUUACCAGUAUCAUUAUGAGUCAUUCCGCUACUUUCCGUCGAACAUUGAAAUCAUUGAAUGGCUCGGCGCUUACUUCAUCGACUCUCAGUUUGUGGAGAAGGCGAUUCAUUACUUUGAGAGAGCUGCCGUUAUACAACCCAACCAGGUUAAAUGGCAGCUGAUGAUUGCUAGCUGCCACAGACGUAGCGGUAACUAUCAGCAUGCCUUGGAAACCUACAAACGAAUCCAUAAGAAGUUCCCGGACAAUAUUGAAUGUUUGAAAUUUCUGGUUCGUCUUUGCUCUGAUCUUGGGUUGAAGGACGCUCAAGAGUUUGCCACAAAACUCAAGAAGGCAGAGAAGGCCAAGGAGCUACGAGAACAGCGUGCUAAUAGUGGUACUCGACGUUCUGGCAGCGGUCGGGCUGGAAGUGGUCGUGGAGGUAGCGGAGGAAAUGCUCGAGGCAUUCGUAAUGGCAGUGCUGAGUCAGAGAGAACUGAUAGUCCCAAUGUGGCUGUUGGAGGGGAGUUUCUGGAGGUAGACGGUGGUGACUCUGGUCAUGGGAGCAGACAGAGCAGUGCAAGAUCUGGCAGUGCAAGGCGUAGUGGGAGAGCUAGGGCGUCGCUGCCUGAUACUAACGGACCAUAUGAGGCGGAGGAACAGAGUGUCGAUGCAUCUUAUGUGGAUCCUCUAGGCCCGACCACAGAGCGACCCAAGACUGCCGCUCGUCGUCGUGACCAAGUGGAGGAUGAAUUCGGCGAUGAGGAACUGGGUGACGACCUCCUCCCGGAGUAGUCCUAGUCAUUGGACUUCAUUCAAAAAAAAGGCCAGAACAACACCCUUUUCGCCUUUACCAACUCACACCUGGUAUCUCUAUGUGACUCCUUGACAGAGACAAAAAUCGACCCUGCACCCCAUCCCUCUUCAUAUUGGUUCAAUAUAUUUAAAAGCACUGGAGACUAUUGGUAAUUACCCAAAAUAAUUGUUAGCAUAAAAACUUAUAUGGUAACGAGCA